AAACUGUUAUUCAUUUUGUAUUUGCUCAAAGAUACUAAAAAUCACCAUGAAGAUGCUAACUGUGUCUGCAGUUCUCUGUGCAAUGGUGGCUCUAACCACGGCUGCUGAGGCCAGAGAUGAAGUAGAGGGAUUGAUGCCCCCAGCCAAGAGUCACGUGGUCAAGAGGUCCCCUCGUUGUCCUGGUGGUUGGACUAAGUACGGUCAUCGCUGCUUUUUCUUUAAUUCAACAGUCGCGAGUUGGGCUGAUGCUGAGAAAUGCUGCUUGAUCAUGGGGGCACAUCUUGCAUCAGUUCGCAACAUCAAUGAGUACCGUGAGAUUCAGAGGCUGACUGGCAAAAAAGAAAGUUGGAUUGGAGGAACUGAUGCAUCAGAGGUAUUUUGUUUAUCAUUUGUCAGGUGUAGGCAUGAGAACUGA